AUGCUGGUGUGGCAUGGGAGCUCGAUUCAAUGUGUAACAAGGCCCAGGCGUAAACGGAGCGAGGCAGAGAGAGAAACCGGUUGUGACGCGGCCUGCAUAAUUCGUCUGGGGGGCGGAGCUGUCCGCACGGCCACGCCCUCUGGUCCCGGGAUGCGGGGAGAGAAGCUGGGGCCGGUGUCCACGGGGGUCAGUGUCCGCAGACCUGAGUGCGAUGAUCUACAUAGACAGCCCAGCUCCGGACUGGGCCCCGCACUCCCCCACCAACUUGGUGGCCGCGUCCUGGGCCAUCACUUGCUGCUGUUGUCACUGCAACCGUGGCUUCUGGCCGUCGUGGAAGAGCAAGAGUGUCAGCAGAGGAGCAGGGGAAGUGAAAGCAUUUGGCGUUGGAAUCUUGGAAUUCAGGACCUUAAAAUGUUCACGGAGGAUGUCCGGCAGAGAUGCAGGCCUGGAGCGCUGGAGAACGUGGGGGACCGGAGGCCCUGUCCCUGGGUGACCGGCGGCUGUGAGUGUGAACGCGAGGGCUCAGGGACAGGUGCAAAAGGAAACACUAUAAUGGAGCGGCAUGAGCUCCAAAGAGAAGGGGUCUGGGGGCAGUCAGGCCAGCCCCAGCAGGACUUGGAAAAGGCGAUGGCUCUAGAAGUGGCCCAGCUGGGUUCCCUGUCCCCAGGCUCCCCCUUCACUGUGAGGAGACAGGCUGCCGCCUCCUGUCCCCGGGCCCCCUUGCACGCCCACAGCACAGCACUGCCACCCUGGGGCACCGUGGUCACCGUGGUCAUCAUGGGCAUCGUGCGAGCGGCUCUUCACCUGCUGCUCAGGCGGCUGGGCGGCCUCAGCCUGAGCCCCAGGCGGGGCGGAAUCUCAGCUUCUUCAUCUGACCAGGGGUCGGGGCUGGCUGAGGGGGGUGAGGAGGUGCCCUGCAAGGUGGCACAGGGUAGUAUAAAGACGGCCACGUGCAUGUACCGAGGUCCCCGUUCUCCCCAGUGUGUUCAGAGCCCUGGACCGGAUCAGCUGCUCACGGGAGCUGGACCCACAGGAAGAGGGCUGUGGGGUCUGCAGACACGUGAAGACCCAUCUGAGGCCGUGUGUGUCUUAAGUGGCAGAGCCAGGAUGAGCCCCAGGCCCAACGUCACGCUGCCCUGGCCUUUGUCCUGGAGGAGGGUGGAGGGUGAGGAGACCCUGGUCGUCCUGUGCUUUGGCGGAGAGGUGCGCCCUGUCUCCUUCCCGUGGAUUUGCCGUGUCCUUGUCUCCUCCGUCCCCUGGUUUCUGACCGUUGCCGUGUGCUCUGCUGGUUCCCGCCCCGUCAGUGCUCUGACCUGUCGACAUGGGGCCUGGCUCAGAGAACUGACACGACCUGUCCCAGGUCACUGCGAGUUAGAGGCAGGGACUGCGCUGGACCUGAAGCCCAGCUGGUCGUGCGCCAGCAGGAACAUCUUCCUGUAUGAUGAAGUGAACACGAUGUGCUUAAUGAGACCAUUGGUGUAUCUCUUCCAAUUACCUUUUUGGGGAGGAAGAAUGGAAUGUACCGGCGUGAACGGAAAGCAGCAAGCUUGUGCGAAACCGGUUCCGUACUCCGGGUGCGGAGUGAUGGAGGGGGAUGUUUGGCUGGAACCAGAAGAGGACAGGUGGCAGCGUCAGCUACAGACGACGUCCUUCCAGCUGGCUCUGGAGCCGCCACGCUUGGUCUUUUUGCAGUUUGGUGGGCUUGGCUGGGAGGUGGUCGAUGAGGAGGGAAUCUGGAGGGGCUCAGAUGUGUCAGUAAAUCACGGCGACUCUCGCCCAGUGUGGCAGGUGCGCUGGCAUUGGAGACGGCCGUGCGGAGACCUGGCUGAAUUCCUGCUGCUCCUGGAGCCCCGUGGGGGCCUCUUCCUACUGCAGAUGCCUGAGAUUGUCCUCUGUUCAUCAGGGGAGCUUGAGUGUACCGUGUCCUCUGGGGAAGGCGGUUCUGGCCCGGCAAAGCUGGCCGUGAGCCCUGUCAGCAGCCAGACCUGUGAUGUUACAGCUGCAAUGCCCAGCUGCGGGGCUCACGAGCUGCGGCUGCUUAGUGCCCUGAGAGUGAUGUAA